UUUCGUCCGCAUCAUCAUUCUGAGAAGUGCUCAUUUUCUGUGACUUUUCGCCCCAAGUUCUCCUUCUGGUCGGUGGCGCUGACAACGGGGCAACUGAGGUCACGCUUCCGUCCGAGUCCAAUUCAAUUUUUUUAGCGCCUCAAGAUCCGACAAACUCGAAGAUGAUGGUGUCGGCUCCUGGUCUGAUCAGCCUUACCUCUAGGAUGCUUGGCGGUGUUGGUAUUUCCCCUCCCCCUGUUUGCGUAUACGCGUCGAACAUCUCGCGACGACUCCCUUAUUGGGCUGCCUUCAGGAUGGGCGCGGCACUGUCGCCAAUGAGCGACGGGUGUUCACGGAGAGCCAUUGGCGCAUAUCAAACAAGAGGCAUACAUUGCAGCUACGCGCGAACGUACCCCGUCGCUGGGAAGAAAUCUAUUGUGCCAUCGCCGCAAUCCUGGGUGUCACGCCUGCCAUCCAAUGUGCAACGGUACGCACUGCUCGCACGAAUGGACAAACCGAUAGGGACUUUGCUCCUUUUCUAUCCAUGCGUGUGAUGAAAUGUUCACCGAAAAAUGAACGUUACAGUGUGGUCUAUCCUGAUGGCGUCAUACGCGCAUCUGUCUCCGCCCACGGUCCCCUUGACAUACAUUGCCUUGUUUGGGACUGGUUCCUUAAUUAUGAGGAGUGCUGGCUGUACGAUUAACGAUAUGUGGGAUCG